AUGUUAACUCGUCUUUUAACCUCAUCUUCGGGCCUUGUCUUAGAGAAAGAUACUUGUUGUCCCAGGUUCGAUCAAGGGAAAUCCACGAAAGGCGCGAGCAAGCUACGACGAGACCUUAUCAACGCGGAGAUCGCCAACCUACGGGACCUCCUUCCUUUACCCCCAUCCACGCGGCAGCGACUGUCACAACUCCAGCUCAUGGCUCUCGUCUGCGUAUAUGUGAGGAAAUCCAACUAUUUCCAACAAGUUUUCAAGCGCUUUGACAUACACCAACAACCGUCUACCACUUCAAAUUUCGGCUUUUCUAAGGCACUCAAUGGGUUCCUGAUGAUGAUGACGCAGAACGGCAAACUCCUUUACAUAUCUGACAACGCAGCUGAAUAUCUUGGACAUUCCAUGGAGGAUCUGCUAAUACACGGCGACAGUGUGUAUGACGUGAUCGAUAAACAGGAUCACCAGGCAGUGAGGUCCGAACUGUCACGAGCACCUACUGACGGAGAAGACAGAGUGUUCCUCUGCAGGAUGAAUGUGGCAAGGAACGCAAGGAGACAAAUGAGGUUCGGCGAUCAAAAAGUAGUCCUCGUCCGCGGUCACUACGUCUCCUACCUGCCGCUUUGCAGCCGUAACGAGCCGGUAUUCCUUGCGGUGUGCACACCGCUCGCUAUGCCCGAAACACGUGAAUGCGUCGUGCAUGGAGCAACCAACGUCUUUACCACCGUACACGCAAUGGACAUGAAAAUUCUUCACAUAGAUAUCAAUAGCGAGUGGCAUCUUGGAUGGGACAGAAGCUCGCUACACGGCGUCAGCUGGUAUCAUCUUCUGCAUCCUGACUGUUGCAAGGAAGCUCAAAGUAAACAUCGAUUAAUAACGCAGUCUGAGCAAGAACGGUCCUGCAUAGCCCUGUUACGGCUUCAGCGUCGCUGCGGACAGUUCCUCUGGGUACAUACGGUUUUGCAGCUAAAAGACAACCUGGAGAACUCACAGAGGCCGGUUAUCGUCUGCACUAACCAAGUUUUGAGUGAGCAGGAAGCAGCGGUUAUGAAGGCCAACCCAUGGCUAUAUCACUAUUACGCAGUUCAAUCUAAGCUUCAUUAUGGACUGGCCUAUGAAGCAGCUACUAGAAUGUAUGGACCACCACCGCCAGAUAUUCAGGUCUACCCACCUGCUAUGCAGUACACCCAAGCGCCACCAGUCUGUAUUAAUGGCAAUCAAGCUGUCAUGAUGAGUAAUACUGGACUCCAGCCUCACAUAUCACAUGUUCCACCACACUUAACACCAAUCCAUUAUGCUUACGAAAGAACGGAUAAUGGACCUGUGGACUACUCCGUGUCAUUGCAAGAAAACAGAUACCACAACAUACGAUUGGAAGAUACCAGAAUUCAGCCCAAUGCCAAAAGGAAAGGAAAAAAUUCUGAUGAUAAAUCUAACAUUCCUAUUACUAACAUAUCACCUCGUUUCUCAUCAUCUACGGUUCAUUCUGGAGGAGAAAUGUUAAUAGCAAUAUCGGCAGGGUCUAUAACAAGUCGAAGGCCAGGAUCGAAGAAUUUUAACAUUACAGAAACUGAUAUAGUUGAUCAGUGGAACCCUAGUCCAACGUGGUCGGAGUCAGCAUUGCAGAAAGUUCCAGACGUCUGUCAUCAAGACCUUGGUCCAUACGUUACAAGGACUCCACCCACACCAUCUGGCACUCCAUCUGCUUACACACAAAACUACAGUCAUACGUUUGUCUUCGACUGGUCGCCUGAGCAAUAUGUUCCUCACACUAACAAUAGAUGUAGUACAAUAACAACGGAAAGUUCCUAUCAGCAGACGUGGAAUAGAAGUCAAAGGACGACUUUUACCAACGCAGAGAGUUCUGUCGAUGAGAACUGCAAUCCUAAUAGGUUAAGCUUACCAAUGAGGGUCAGUAGUCCACCAUCGGAAUACAACACUAGCAGAGAAGGAGAGAUUCUAAGAAGGCACAUCGAUCGGCCACAUCCAGAUUCACCAGGUGCCAAAAAGCCUGCAUUAUAA